UAGUUAAGAAGACACCAUCAUAGGUGAAUGGUAGAUAGUGUAAACGCGUUUUGAUUUAGAUGAACUUGAGCCUUUUUAAUACUUUUACUUUUAAUCAGGAAGUGUGGGCAGGCAAAGAACAAACAGAGGAACUUCCCUCGUUUCCUCCACUCUCAUUGCCUAUAGCCGCUAAACCCAAACCAAAGAAGACCAGCUACAUUCAGGCUUAGGAAUCCACGUCCAUGCUUCGAUCACCAUGCAGCGUCUUUAAAAUAGACCCUCAAACUGACUCUUAAAAUUCGUGAACAACGUUUACUUUAUUGCGCUGUUCGUGACAUAUCUACCAGGCUUUCUAACAUCAUAACGGAAUCGGUGAACACUCAUUGUGAAGGAUAAAAAACUGGGGAAAUUAUCUUCCUCAUAUUUCAGCGAAACGACCGUAUCAGAUAAAUUUUGAGAGCACACAAGAUACGCGCAUGUACACUGGGAUCUUAACCCGGUUAUUGGUGUGUGAGGCAAGGACAUUAGUGGUUUUUAGAGGAUCAGAUUUCGGUGGUACAUUUACAUAGCAGAGUGAAAACAUUAACAAAUUCAAUUGCUUUCUUCGCACUGUGUAACGUGGAUGGAUGCCUCGCUGUAUAAUCUACCGAUGAUUCACACUGAAUUCGGGGACUUUAAUAAUUAUUGCAUGAUAAGAUAGAAAGGAGCAGGUUUAUUUGAUAAGUGUUUCACCAGGGCACGACUGGGUUAUGCAAAAUGGCGUCCCGUGCCAAUUUGAUUGUUGCCUGUGUAUUAUUAGCGGUCACUCUUCCUCUGGUUCUGGGUGAGAGUGAACCCCGGAACAUCAAUGAUUUUGCUAAUUCUGAAGACCGCCUAGUAUGGGCUGAGCUGUUCAGUUCGCCGGGUCGCGAAGCUCGAAUCAACAGUUUACCCGUUAACUUAAUAACCCCUGGCGACGUCACCACGACGUACCACUACCGAGCUAGCAAUGCCCAAUUCGUUGGCAUUGCUGGCGACUAUGCCAAUAGAACUGUCUUCUGGUCCUCAACGCUCAACAGGACUAUCUACAGAGGCGGGCUAGAUGACGGGUCCGAGGCAACCAGUCUGUUUACGGGAACAUCGACAUCUGUCGAAGGACUGGCCGUUGAUUGGAUGGCGAAAAAUGUGUACUGGGCUGACAGUGCUUACGACUGGAUUAUGAUAUCGGAUUACAAUGCUAAUUAUCUUAGGAUCCUAAUCGAUACCGGAUUAGAAAAACCACGCGGAAUCGUGACUUUCCCACAAAAAGGAUAUCUAUUCUGGUCAGAUUGGGGAGAGGAAAGGCGAAUUGAGAGGUCAACGCUUGCAGGAGAAGAUAGAAUGACUCUUGUUAACACCAGCAUACACUUUCCAAAUGGGAUUACCGUGGACAGCCAAUCAGAAAGAGUUUUCUGGGUAGAUGCUCUGCCCGAGGGAAAUCGAAUCGAAUCGUGUAGUCUAGAUGGAUUAAAUCGAACGCUCCUCAUUGAAAUGGCACCAAGAAUCACACAUCUAUUUGAUCUGGUCAUAAACGGGAAUGAUAUCUUUGUGACUUCUCUGACAAGGCAAAUACAAUGUGUGAAAAAGGAUACAGGCACUUUAGCCUAUACCCUUUCACUUGGGGCAAGGCCGUUUGGAAUCAUGCUCUAUGGCCCACAGUAUCAGCCUGUCAUAGAUUCUCCCUGUGCCAGCAAUCCAUGCCAGCAUCUAUGUACAAGCGCCCCAGACUCCUCCUUCAAGUGUGUGUGUAACCAUGGUUAUGAGCUGACGAUGAAUGGAACGUCUUGUGUUAGAGAUGAAGAGAAGAUUAAUAAACCCCAGCUCCUGUUUGUCACCCGCCAUGAAAUCAUCCGCUUCCCAGCAAAUUUUGCAGACAUCCCUGACGCUCAGAUAGUGAAGAACAAAUAUCUUGUCUCCAAUCGCACCCUUCUGGUUGCCGUUGAGAUGGAUGCCAAAGCAGAAAUGAUGUUCUAUUCUGAUUAUGGAAAGCGGGAGAUCUAUCGGGUCCGCCUAUUUAGCGGUCGCUCCAUCAAGACUGUUGUGGGUGGAGUGGGAAGUGCAGAAGGUUUAGCUGUUGAUUGGUUGAACCAAAACCUUUACUGGACAGACGCUGUCCGGCGUCACAUAGCAGUGUCAAGGUAUGACGGCAGCAGAAGGAAAUUCCUCUUGGAAGACGAUAUUGUACGCCCCAGAAGUUUAGUGAUCCAUGCCAUUCGCAAGUUUAUGUUUUGGACCGAGUUUGGACCUCCAUCUCAGAUUGAGAGGGCUAAUUUGGAUGGAACAGGACAUAUGGUGAUCAAAACUGGACUGAACUCACCCAAUGGACUGGCUUUAGACUUCAACAAUGAUAGAUUAUUCUAUGCCACGCGUGGCGAUGGUAUCAUCAACUCUGUGAAUUUGGAUGGGUCUGAACCUACAAGAAUCUAUCAGAAGUCAGGGGCAAAAUACUUUGACAUUGAAUUGUUUCGUGACUAUCUCUAUUUCACUGAAUGGGGCACAGACAGUGGAUUACAUGCAGUCAGUAUCAGCAAACAAGAAUUAGUGAAGAGCAUGGUUGUGUCUAACGUAGCGUAUGGAGUCCGCAUGUAUGAUGAUACCAGGCAACCAGAUGGAAUAAGUGUCUGUGAUGAGGAGUCAUGUGACCACCUGUGCUUACCGAGGUCAACAGAAGGCUUUGUCUGUCACUGCAGCAUCGGUUUUACCUUAGCAGAUGACAAUUUCACAUGCAAUGUUGAUAUCAUGGAAGACAACUUUGUGUUGGUGGCUGACACCCACAUUCCAGGUAUCUUUCAGAUCAGUAUGGAUGGCCCCAUGACCCGAUUCACUGCACUGCCACUUGAAGACAUUGUGCGAACCAUCGCCUUGGCCUAUGACCCCGUUGAGACCAGGGUGUACUGGACGGAUGUGAGACUGGGUUCAUUUAGUAGAGCUCAUAUUAAUGGGAGUGGUCAGGAGACGCUAGGCAGGUCAGGUGUUGAUGGUCCUGAUGGACUGACCAUCGAUCCAAUAUCUCGUCUGUUGUAUUGGACUGACGUUGCCCGCAAUACUAUUACAGUCUCAAGUCUAGAUGGGACUACAAUCAAGACCUUGGUAGACUCAGACCUGGACCAACCUAGGGCCAUAGCGCUAGACCCAGUAGGAGGUUACAUGUAUUACAGUGACUGGGGAACAGCUCCAAAGAUAGAGAAAGCUCACAUGGAUGGUCUAAAUAGACAGAUCCUAGUCGACUCAGAUAUUGGCUGGCCUAAUGGAAUUGCCUUGGACUUAGAUGCCGGAAAGCUCUACUGGGGUGACGCGAAGAUAGACCGCAUUGAACGCAUUAACCUAGAUGGAACUGGCCGUGAAAUGAUCAUCAAUUUAGGAGCCAGGGGUCAUCCGUAUGGGGUCGCACUUUAUGGAUCCCAUGUUUAUUGGAGCGACUGGAAGAAGUACGGACUGAUGAGGGCUAACAAGGAUGACGGAUCAGGCAUGGAAGAAGCAGGGCCUCAGACGUUUACAAGGAUCAGUGAGAUACACAUCUAUAACUCUACCAGGGAGUUAUCAGGAAGUAAUGCCUGUUCUAAAGACAAUGGACGCUGCAGUCAUCUAUGUAUUCCUACCCCUACUGGUAGAGUAUGCAAGUGUGCUGAUGGUAUUGAACUGGACUCUGAAACAAAUACUACAUGUCUUACUUCAAAUCUGACGUGUAAUGCGAGUGUAUCAUUUGGUCGUUUCCUGAUGGAUGAUUGCACAAGGGAGCCUGGAAGACGAUGUACUGUAGAGUGUAUUCCAGGCUAUUGGUCUGUUACAGAGGAAUACGAUGUCCUCUGUAUGCCAGACGGCGAGUGGGAGAUGGAUAUGGACACAUUCUGUACAGUGGUGGAAUGCCCAGUGGUCAAUGUUACAGCCAAUGCAUCAGUGGUAUCAUGUGCUGAUCCUCCUAUCCAAAACUCAACAUGUGUCCAUGAGUGUCAGUUUGGCUACAAGUGGAGCAGCGGAAAUGAUCACCUGACUUGUGAAAAAGAUGGCACAUGGUCUGGUUCAACACUUUACUGCACUGUGGUGACUUGCCCUCCGCUAGAGAAUUCAGACAAUGGAAUGUACCAUCCGCUUAACUGUACCACAAGUGGGGGACAAUAUGACGAUCAGUGUGUAUUAUUUUGCCAAGAUGGCUAUCGCCAUGUGGGCACAUUUAUACGAACAUGCGGGCUGGAUGGGCAUUGGUCGGAUGAGGAAAUCAGUUCAUCAUGCAUUGACACGGAUCCCCCAAGUUUUGGCAACACUUGCCCUGAGAACCAGAAUGUAACAGCAGACCAUGGCAUGGCCUAUGUGGUGCUGAAUGUACCAGACCCCAUAGCAGAAGACAACUCAGGGGAGCCAGUGACGUAUCUCAGAUCAGCUGCGUCUCCCUACCAACUUGAGGAUGGCGAGAAUGUCAUCACCGUGGUUGCUCUGGAUGAGGCUAAUAAUACAGCCACCUGCAACUUCACAGUCAAUGUGACAGUGAAAUAUUGUUCUUACCUGAGUGUGCCUUUGAAUGGAGAUAUUGCUGGUAACUGCAGCUAUCACUAUGGUUCAGUCUGUCAUUUUACCUGUAACUAUGGUUACCGUCUCAUUGGAUCAAACACAAGGACUUGUGACAUGGGAGGGUCAGAUGGCAGCCAGCCAACAUGGGUCGGCCAGAAAGCCGUCUGCGAACGUAUCGAGUGUCCGCAUCCCGUAGUUCCAUCCAAGGUGGUAAAGUCUGGUUGUGAAGCCCCCUAUACACCAGAUGAACAGUGCACCUACAUGUGUGACCCUGGUUACUUCAGAGUCAAUGGGUCAGACUUGCGGACUUGCCAGGUGAAUGGGUCCUGGUCUGGAGAGAACUUUUACUGUGAAAGCAGGAAGUGUGAUCCCAUCCCACCAUUUGAGCAUGGGUUGAUAGAGCCAUCAUCUUGUAAGACCAUAGGAGGAACAGUUCAUAACAUCUGUACACUGUCUUGUACAGAGGGGUAUAGAUAUCAAGGACAGAGAGAACAUACAUGCCAGGAGAUUGGAGGAUGGAGUAACUAUGAUGACUCACACAUCUGUGAAGAUGUCACACCCCCACAUUUCAAUGGUACUUGUCCACAAGAUCAAACAAUUACUGCUCCAGCCGGCAUGACAGAAGUGGUCGUAACAUGGGAUAUGCCUCAACCAGUAGACACCCAUAGCCAGAUUUAUAACUUCACUUCAUCACGGCAGCCAGGUGUUACCUUACCCGAAGGCACUCAUGCUAUCAUUAUAACUGCUACAGAUUUAAAUGGCAACAACGCAACUUGUCGCUUUUAUAUCACUGUCCAACUCAUCAGAUGCGCACAAGAACUUCUACCUAGUAAUUCCCGCUGGGUUGAAAGCUGUUCCCAACUUGUUGGCACAAACUGUACAUUGGCAUGUCGCCUUGGUUACACUCUGUCUGGGGCAGCGACUAAAAAGUGUCUUUGGGAUGAACGGAGCUUGGCUGGAAACUGGCAGUGGAUGGGUAACCAACCAGUUUGUCAAGCUGUGACAUGCACUGCAUUCCCAGUUGAUCGACGUUCAAUGAUAGUGUUUGGCUGUAACGUCAGUCCGAGUAACCAAGCACCUCAACCCUAUGGGACUCGAUGCAAGAUCUUAUGUAUCAAAAGUACUACUCGUCCUUUUAUGGGAUUCUUUCCUGGAGCCCCAGCCUUCCGUACAGCAACAUGCCAGGAAGAUGGCAACUGGUCUGCAGAUACCCAGUGCACAAUUAAGACCUGUCCAUCUGUCCCACUUCCUGUUAAUGGUGUUGUUGUACGGAGUGCAUCCUCCUGCACUGCCAGUACUGUUGAUAUUGGUACUACAUGUGUGCUGGGAUGCGAGGAGGGUUUCCAACUGAGCACCGUCGUGGCUGUGACUAGGUGCAUGCCAGAUGGAACAUGGUUGCAAAGGAAUGGUGGGGAGUUGCAGUGUCUUGAUGUUGCUCCACCUACGUUUGCUGCUCGUUGUCCUCGGAAUGUGUCUGUGACAACCCAGCCAUGUACCAUCAAAGCAAAUGUGACCUACGAUGUCCCAGAAGUUACGGAUAAUGCAAGUGCAGUUACGAUGGUAGAUCCCAAUGUCAAUGAAACCUUGCCUAUUCUGCUCUCAAGAGGGCGUCAUCAGAGAAUGCACACUGCACGGGACAGAGCUGGAAAUGUGGCAGCAUGCCUCAUCAACAUCAACGUUGUAGCACCCAUGUGCCGGGAUGAGCCGGAAUGGCGGACUGGAUCUUUGAGAGUGGAGUCUAUGUCCUGCCGUAACUUGCACGGGUCUACGGUACGCUUUACCUGCGCUGAUCCGGGAAUGCAUCUUGUUGGAGAACGAGAGCGCACAUGUCAGGAAGACGGGCAGUGGAGUGGUUCAUCACCAACAUGUGAAUUGGCAACUUGCUCUGCACUGUCUCUCCCAGCCAACACAGUGGCUAGCCCGAGCUUGUGCUCCACUAGCCCUUUAGUCAGUGGGGGAACCCAGUGUAAGGUCACAUGUGGGCGAGGGUUCUCAGGGACACCAGUCAACUUUAUGCGCACUCAAUGCUCUGUCAAUGGAAACUGGACUGCAGAUAUCACUAGCAUACAGUGUAGAGAUAUAGCCCCACCUGUAUACACCUAUUGUCCUGCAGGCAUGAGCGUUACACUAGGACCCAACAUGAACAUGGCAGAGGUUCGCUGGAGACUCCCUGUCCCAAAUGAUAAUGUUGGUGUUGUAGAUACCACCACGCCUGAAGUGACCCUGCCCGUUCAGUUGGCUCCAGGCACUGAGCUCUUCACCUACACUGCUACCGAUGCCCAAGGACUCACAGGAACUUGCACCUUUGAUGUGACUGUAGUUGAUGCUGAGCCUCCCAGAGCCCUGAAUUGUCCCGGUGAGAAUGAAGUGACCAACCUCCAGGCUGAUGUCCUGCCUGUAAGGGUGCAAUAUACAGAGCCCAUGUUUACAGACAAUGUCGGCAUUGCAAAUAAACAAAGUGUGCAGUGGUACACACGUUACCGAUGGCAAAACAAUCUUGCUUUUGAAUAUGGCUAUACAGAGCUGCACUUCCAAGCUACCGACAGUGCAUCCAACACAGCUGAGUGCAACCUCAAAUUUGAAAUUGUACAGACUACGGAGUGUCCUGAGCUGACAGCCCCGCCCAACUCACAGGUGACUUGUGACCCAUCGGGGUUGGUGUGUCGCCUGGCGUGUAACUCGGGCUUCAUUCUAACCAGUGACAGUAUACAGACAGUGUUCAGUUGCCAGGGUAGUGGGUUAUGGAACCACAGUACUGAAUGGGAUAAGAACCCUUAUGUAUCUGUCUGCACACGCAGACAAGUUGUGGCAACCAUGACAUGGGAUAUGACUGGUGAUGUGGUAUUCAACCUUGAUGGAGACUGUUUCAUGGCCAGAAAUCAUCUACAGACCAGUUUUGUAAAACUCUUCAAAACAAGCAGCAUGUUUAAAGAAUGUAGUCUGGAUAGCUCAGUGGACUGUGCACUCCCUGAUGUAUCGGUGACCUGUAGCUCUGCUCCUACCACAGCAACCCAAGGACCUAGGAGAAGGAAGAAGAGAGAGAGUGAACCCAGAUCAAGAGAUACAUCCUCGUCGUCUGCUACAGUCUCUCUAAGGAUGACAACCACUAGUGGUGUAUCCUCGGUUCCAAGUUUCUUCAACAAUUACAACCAAAGUAUAAACAACAUGUGGAGCGAGACCAAUGUUUCACUCUCCCUUCCCAACAUGACGGCGACCCUUAACCCUAACCAAUCUGAGCUUGGUGGCUUCAUGCCCAUCUGUGGCAAUGGUCAAAUCAUAAUCAACAUGCUUUGUGAAUAUUGUCCUCCUGGCACCUUCAAGAACCUGCGGGCCCCUGUGUGUGAGCGAUGUCGUAAGGGGUCAUAUCAGGACCUCAUGGGCCAAAGUACUUGUAUACGAUGUUCUGAUGGGAAAAGCACUGGAAGUACUGGUGCAUACAAAGCAGAUCAUUGCAAAGAAAUGUGCUUAUCUGGAACAUAUUCCUACCUGGGUCUAGGACCAGACUGCUUGGAAUGCCCACAAGGCUCAUUCCAAGAGAACCGCGGCCAGAGGGGUUGUGAGCCUUGCUUUGGUAACAAUACAACAUCUGGUCCAGGAGCCUCAUCUGUCACAUCAUGUAUAGAUCCUUCUGAUGUGACAUCCCCACGCCCUACGUCAGACAAUAACAUUGAUGGAGGAGGUUUAUCCACACCAGAUUCUAACAGACACUCAGAGACUACACAACCAGCGAUCUUGAGCGAACAGCCAUCUCCCUCUAUCAUGGUGACAGGUGGGAAAGGUUCCAUUACCAUGACAACAGACUCUGGAGGGCGCCCUCAGACACCAGGAAGAAAGACAGGAAGAAAGGCCGGGGGAGGUCAUGGUGUGGUCAUCGGUGUGUGUGUCGCCCUCGUGCUUUUGGUGGUCAUCAUUGUUGUGAUCGUGGUGGUGGUAUGGAAGCGACACUCUGACAACAUCCCGAUGAUAAAGCUUACUAACAUUGCCUCGGCCCCUGGAGAUGACUCAGAAGACGAUGAUGAUGACAAUGUCACCGGGGAUGGAAAGUAUCAUCAGAUGCAGGAGAUGGAUAACUUUGACUUGGAGCAUCUAGCAACAUAUGGCGAUGAGGAUGCAUUGCAAGCCAAGCGUAACAGUUUCAGCAAUGCCCUCUAUAAGUCGGAAGAUGAUAAUCCAGGGGGAGAUGCUUCAAAGGGCAAUUGUCAAGUUUGGACGACAUUUGAUGAAUCCCAGACCUAAUCCUGCCUAGCGUAUCAGCAACACAUAAGCUUUGUUCAGAUAUGAAACUGGAAAAUUGCAGCGUUUUUUGUGUGAAGACGUCGAGUGUAAUACAAGUCACAUUUCCUAAUCUUUUAACACAGAGCUCAGUGAAUUUUUAUGUAUUUUGUACGACAGUCAUUUUAGUGACAAGAAAGUUCUGUGAAUAUUAAGCAUGAAAAUCCACUAAGUUGCAUGCAUGAUAGUUUGGGGUUUUACAGUAACUCUACCCACUUUAUAGAAGGGGUUUUUUAAACCGUAAUUAAAAUGACCAUGAUUUUAUGACUGCAUAUACAUGUCCUGUACACUGUACAUAUUGUAUCUUGUGCAAAAUGCUAUUAAAGAAAUGUCUAUGGAAUUGUGAAGUACUCUGUUCAAUGGAUUCACAUGCACACAGCAGUGCAAUCCACAAAGUUUGGGAAAUUCUGGUGCUGUAAUAUGAGAAUUUGAUAUGAAAGCUGUAGAAUAUGAUACAGGUAUGUGUGUUAAUGUUAAUGUUCAUAAAUAUCAGAAAGCCUGUGAAAAACAGUCAUUCAUUCUAGACACCUGCAAGCACAGAAAGUUAGGUUGUACAUUCAUUUUUAUCUCAUUUUUAUUAAGUGUUCACAGAUUUUUUUAAAACAAUUUUUAUGAAGCCUUCAUGAAACAAAUGAAUAUCAGGUUGGAAUCAGGUUGGACAUUCCAUUAAGCAUUUGGUGAAUUAUUUGAAGAGAAAAAUAGAGAUCACUCUGACAGUAAUAAAAGGAAAAGAACUCUGUUAAAUAAAUUUGUACUUUGUACAUAAAUGUACUAUAUUUUAUUAUACUUGCAACUGAAACACUGUAACAUGUUAAGAUGACAUUCCAUUUAAAUUGCAAUAAGAAAAUGAAGUGCACUUUGUAAAAUGUAAAUACACAGAGUAAUACAAAUUCUGUCUAUUUUUCUUGUGUGUACAUGUACAUUAAAUUUAUAUAAUAACAUAAAAAUUGAGCUUUCAUUUAUUACAAUAUGUACUAGUUUCCUCAAUUUAGAGUUCAGUGAUGUUUUAGAACUUCUGAAUACGUAGUACUUGUGAAACAAAUUAUAAUAAAUGUGUUUCACGCUCUUAUACAUGUAUGUCCAUCAGUCCAUUAUGUAUAUCAGUUAAAGCUAGUUAUUAGAACAAUGGACCUGUACCGCCAUAUGGAUUGUUAAUUGAAACAUGUGCCAGAAUAAUAACAAUUUCAGCUUUUCCUUUAAUGUGGCUUCAUGUGAAAUUUAAAGUAUUGUUUUGCCACAUUAUUUGAGUUAAUAAAUAGAAUAUUGUAUUAUAAGUAGACAUUGCUUUCAGUAAAAUUUCAAAAUGUAUUACAAAGAAGUUUAGUUAGAUAGAAAUUCUGUAAGAAGCUUUACUCCUGUUUGGACAGUUGACAGCAUCGCAUACUAAAUCAUAAAAUUAUUCAGUUUCAAUAGAUGCUCCUCCAAAAUGUUUAUUUAAGUUUGACAUACACUCUCUACUCUAUACACUUGUUUACAUUCUUAUUUACUUACGAGUAGUUUGCAUGAAUUUAAGGAGCACAUAUUUGCUACAUGAUCAUCACACAAUCUUGAUUUCGUACACAUGUAUAUUUAUGAGUUGUACUGCCUAGAACAUAAUACUUUUAACUUUCAAAUAAUGAUGUAAAUGAAUACAGACUUGACUAUUGACAAUAAAUGAAUUAUCCAGGAGAUAAGUUUAAAGACAA